AUGCCAAUGUGGUGCCAUCUGUUCAUUCAAACUCUCACAGGGGCUGCUCGCGCCUGGUUCGACAGCCUCCCAUCUGGAAAAAUCAAGUCAUGGGUCGACUUCAGAGACCAAUUUGUAGCCCAUUUCAGCCAGCAGAGACGUUAUCAGCGCGAUACGUCCGAAGUGACAGACAUCUGGCGCAGAGAAAAUAAAGGGUUAGAAGAUUUCAUCACUCGUUUCAACAAGGAGUGCUUAGAGAUUGGAGGUGUAAGCGAAGACUUAAUGCACGCCCACUUCAAAAAGGCCAUCCGUUGUGACAGUCUAAUCAGGACUAUCACCGGGAAAGACGGUAUGCCAAAAGAAUGGGACAAACUCAUGGCAGCAGUGAAGAUCGUUGCGCAGACUGAAGAAUCAUUGGCUAGGACCAAAAACUCUUACACUGAAGAUCGUUUUUCAAGAGCAAACUCGCACGACAAUAGCAAGCGAAACAGAAACAGGAAUCCUGGAUAG